AUGAGUGACCCACGCAGGAAGGGAUGGUGGAAUGUGCCUGACUACUUCCACAGCCCACUGGUGUUUGACAUGGAAGAGGACCAGGAAGACUACAUAUUUGGCAAGAUGAUGCUGCUGCAGAUCCGGGACCAUCCUCUGACCGAGCACGACCUGGAGCUUCAUGCAGAAUCAGGGAGCAGUCUUUGGAUUGCCAUAAUGAAUGAUACAACUUCUGUGGAGGAAGUUCCUCAUUUCUUGAGGUUUCCUUUGACAGUUGCUUGGUUGUUUUGGGGUUUUGCUAGAAUUAUUCGUAUUCAUAACUUCACAGAUCUUCAUUGGUAA